AUGAAUGAGAAAAUGGCGGACAUCGGGCCGAGCAGCACGAGCGACGAUGAGACGAUGGGUCCGCGGCGCGGCGGUCGUCUGCUGAGCGGGGGCGGCGGGGGCGUGCCGGCUCCGCCGUACAGCAAGCAGGACAUCCGCGAGCAGUACUGCAUCACCAGCAAGCAGCUGGACGUGUUCGAGCGCCACCGCGCCUCCUCCGGCGGCGACUGGCUGCUCGGCUGCCUCUCCUCCUACCAGGAGGGCACGUGCCGCGCGGUAAAGCGGUCGUCGCUGCUGUCGGUGUGCGUGCGGCGGCGCGCCCCCAGCGACGAGAACCUGCCCGAGCUCUGCCGCCGCCCCCUGCCACCGCCCCCCGCCUGUGCUGUGCUGUACUGUAAGCGCACGCUGCCGCCCUGCCACCUGUUGCCGUGCGCGCAGGAGCGGCGGCCCAUCCGGCCCGGCGUGAGCUCCGACUCGGAGGCGGAGUGCGACGGCCCGGCGGCGCUGCCGCUGUCGCCGCCGCCGCCCCCGCCGCCGCCGGCGCAGGCGCACCCCUCCGGCCGGCCGCACAAGCACGUCAGCUUCGCGCGCUCGCACACGCUCACCUCGUUCGACGUGGGCAGCUGCAGCCUGGCGCGCUCCAGGGAGCGCCUCGUCGACGGCAAGGAGCGCGCCGCCAUCAGGCCGCAACCGCCCGCGGACGGGCCCAAGGUGGUCGUGCUCGAGAAGCUGAAGCGCGCGCCUAUGAAGACGCAGGCAACGCAGACGGACGUGUGUCUGGGGAGGAGACCUCUCGUGGCCAACUACCUGUCCCUCAGCCCGCGCACCAUACACAGGGUGCGGAUGGUGUCGCAGUUCGCGCAGACCAACGGCGGUGGCGUGCUGGCCAACGGACGCGGCCGGCUGAUGAAGAGCUUCUCGGAGGCGGGGGGCUGCUUUGCGGACGGCGCAGCAGGCGGCCCAGGGGCGGGGGGCGUGGACGACACGUCGCACGAGCCGCUGCAGCGCACACAGUCCGAGGAGCCGCCGCGCUCGCCCUUCCUCGUCACCACGCCACGGCAGAUCCUGAUCGACUUCGAGCCGGCGCCGGUGGAGCGUCGGCCGCGGAAGCGCCUGCUGCAGAAGACGUUGUCGGAGGGCGAGAUGCUGCGCGUGGGCGUAGGCCCGGUGGGCGGCGGCGGGGGCGGCACGGGCGCCACGCCCCCCGCCAGGCUGCCCCCCGAUGAGCCGCUGGAGAAGCAGAAGCGCGCCUUCGCCUCCACGCCUGCCGGCCUGUCGGCGGUGGCGGACGAGGACGAGUUCCACGAGAACCUCAUCUUCCGCGGGCUGUUCCGCAAGCGGUCCGUGUCGCUGGAGGACGCAGGGCCGGCGUCCCUGGGACCCCUCGACAGCCCCGCCGCAGGGGAGUUCCACUCGGCGCCCCGCUCCUCGCCGUCCGCCUCCUGCGACUCGCUGGCCGGCGAGCUGCGCACCGACCACAGCGACGGCAUCUGGAACGAGUCCCAGGCCACGGUACUGCAAGCGGGCGAGGGAGGGGGCCUGGGCCUGGACACAGAAUGUGGGGCGGUGCCGGGCAGCCCCGGCAGCUUGGCGAUGACGCCGUCUUCCCGGCGGAAGCACCUGCUGCUGCUGCAGCACCAGCAGCGCUCCUCCAUGGACACCGACGCCCUCGACGAGGAGCUCGACCUCUCCGACGUCACCCAGCCGCAGCAGCCACUGUCUCCACGGAUUUGCAUCGACGCUCCGGUACAGCAAGCUAAUAGUGGGGCCAGUACCUGCAACGAAAGGCUGGAGCGCUACUCUCAGGACUCGGCAGGCCUGUCGCCCCGCCGCAGCAGCAGCCCACUGGGACACCGCACCUCAGAGGCCUCCGCCGCCUCCUCUCUGGAGUCCUGCGACCGCUUCUCCAGGAACGGCACAGGGACUGGCAACACUACGAUGACGAACACGACGACGACAACGACCAGCUCGGAGCUGGCCCGCACCGACUCUGGCCGCACCAACACCGACCUGUCGGAGACGAGCGAGGACUACGUGACGGCGGACGGCAACUCGCACACCGACACGGCGGGCUACGUGGCGUGGCCGGUGGGCACGCCCGUGUCCGCCCCCGGCGGCGUGGGGGCGGCGGGGGCGGGCGCGGGCCGGCGCGGCGAGGGCGACGGCAGCUCGUUCGAGAGCGGCUCCUCGCUGUACAGCGUGCCCGCCGCCGCCGAGGAGACCUCCUCCGAGCUGCAGACGACCACGACGCCCACGCGCGCCGGCUCGUCGACGCCGCGCGUCUCCGUCGACAUGGGCUACGGGGCGCUGCGCCUCAUGGCCAACAGCCCCAGCGACGAGAGCAGCAGCUCCUCCGGCAGCUACAGCGUAGAGGGCAGCCGUGACGAUCUGGACAAGAUGCUGGACCAGCACCCACUGUCGCCCGUCCAGAACCACAACAGUAGCAACCACUCCAACCAUUCCAACCACGCGGGCGACGACCACGAGGAGGUGGAGGCACGAGCGGACGAGGAGGCGGAGGACGACCGCCCCCCCGCCGCCGGCCACCACGACGCCUCCGCCUCCGGGGAAGAUGAGGAAGUGGACCAACAGCACAGCAGCGCUUCCAGUCUCGGCUCCCCCGGCGAUGCUAGGCGAGAGUGGACCGAGGAGGAGCGCCGACGCCGCAAGAAGACGUUCCGGCUGGACUUCUCGCCGCUGGGCGCCGGCCCGCACACCGACUGGGACUCCCCGCCGUCCACAGGCUCUCGCACAACCCCAGAUGGCUGGCGGCGCGGCGGCACGCCCCCCGGAGCUCCGACACAAGCACCCUCCGCCACUUCCACGGCGCCGCGACGAUCCAAGGUCGCACAGGCGCACCGCCGACAGGCGAAGAAGUGCCUGGCGGCGGGCAUGGUGCGCAGCCCUGCCAUGCACGAGGGCUUCCGCGCGGACGACUGGGCGGCGCCGCUGCAGCGCUCCACGCCAGGCCACAGCCCGCCGGAGGGGGCGGCGCCGGGGGCGGGGGCGGCGGCGGGGGCGACGCCCUCCGGCAGCUCGCCGCGCCGCGUGCGCCGCAUCCGCGAGCGCAAGGCGGGCGGCCGCAGCCCCACGCAGGCCAGGGUGCGGCGGCGAAGCAACAGCGGGGAUGCGGGUCGGCGGCGGUCGUCGAUCGCGGUGCCCACUGCCAGCAAGACGCCGCCGCCGGACGCGGGGGCGGAGGGCGGCGCGCGCAGCUCCCGGCUCAGCCCGCUGCGGUACACGCGCAGCCCGGCCGGCAGCCCGUCCAGGCGGCGGCGCUCCAAGGGCUCCCCUAGCAGGAACACGGCGACCAGUGAUGUAAGGAUGAAUCAUUUGGAGGGCGUGGCCAGCCCCGAGGCGCAGCGGCUGAAGGCGCUGAGCGCGGAGUCCCUGCGCUCGGUGAGCCCUGGCAGCGACAGCGUCUUCUACUCGGAGGCGGGCGAGCUGAGCAGCAACACCAUGACCGCCGCCACCGACACCGCCGCCGGCGUCGUCUGCCACCACUGCGGCCGUGAGGUCGCCGUCCUCUCCGGGCCCGAGGAGCUGGAGAGCACGGCGGCGGACGGCCCGUCGCCGGACAUCGUGCAGCCGCCGGCGGGCUUCGCAGACUCCCCGGAAGGCCCCCGCCAGCAGGCGCAGCAGCAGCAGCAGCAACAGCAGCCGCGCCUCUACAAGAAAGCGGACCGCCGCUUCCGAUCGGAGGAGCGCCACGGCGAGCGACGACACACGCACUCCACCGGCCGCUACCGCUGCGACGGCGCGCGGGCCAAGUCCGAGGAGCGGGGGCGCGGCCGCGAGGACCGCGUGCGCCUCAGGCCCCUGGCGCGCUCCACGGACGCCAGCAUGGAGACGCUGCGCGCCGGCGACGCGACGGCGGCUGCGGAGGACGCGGGGCCGCCCGACGGAGCGCCCGCAGCGCCGCCGGCCGAGGGCGACGAGGACGCGGGUGUGUAUGCGGAAACGUACAAGAAAGCAACGUGGAUCUACAUUGGCGAAACUGAAGAGGUGCACGUGUGGCAGAAACCGGAAUCCAGGUCGCAGGACAAAGACGACAAGGCAAGCGACGGGACGAGCGAACGCCGGGACUCGCUCGAGUCGACCAUCUCUGAGCGAGACUUCCGCCGCAAGUACCAGGCCAUCACGCACCGCAUGGUGCACAGGAAGGCCACCGUCGAGAUGUACCGACGCCUCGCUAACGACUCCUUCGCCGACCCACCGCCAGCGGGGCGUACCUCCCUGCGCCGCAACCUGGAGGAGCUGCUGAAGACGAUGCUGCGGGUGUGGGCCAAGCAGGUGGUCGCCGUCUCCGUCACGGGGGGCCGACCGUGCGACUGCGACAAGACGGUGGUGGUGCGGCGGCAGUCCGGGGAGUUCGGCUUCCGCAUCCACGGCUCCAAGCCGGUGGUGGUGUCCGCCAUCGAGCCCGACACCCCUGCCGAGUCGUCGGGGCUGGAGGUGGGCGACAUCGUCAUCACCGUCAACGGCCACGACGUGCUCGACGCCUCCCACUCAGAGGUCGUCAAGCUGGCGCACGCAGCAGGCUCUGAGACGCUGAAGCUGGGCGUGGCCCGGACGGCCAACGUGCUGACGCCGGUGCUGCGCGAGCCUGGCGCGGGCAAGGCGCUCUACUCGGGCUUCCUGUGGCGGCUGGGCGGCGCGGGCGGCACCACCUGGGUGCGCCGCUGGUUCUCCCUCAAGCGCGACAACUGCCUCUACUACUACAAGACUGACGCGGAGAGCCUGCCGCUGGGCGCGCUCAUGCUGCACCGGUACGCGGCGUCGCGGUGCGAGGCGGCCGGACGGCAGCACUGCCUGCAGCUGGCGCGCAAGGGCGGCCUGGGGCUGACGCUCGCCGCAGACUCGGAGGAGGCGCUCACGCGCUGGCUCGCCGUCCUCUCGCACGCCAUCGAGCGCAACAACCACGCGGACGAGUGGCUGGAGGCGACGCAGCGAGCCCUGCGGCUGCCCGCCAGCAGCGUGCUGCAGCCCGACUGCGCCGGCUACCUCACGCAGAUAGGGCCGAAAUGGCGGCGCCGCUUCUGCGUGCUCAAGGACGCCUGUCUCUACUUCUACCAGGACAGCACCGCGGACUCCGCCAUCGGGAUGGUGUGCCUGCACGGCUACCGGGUGCAGAACUGCGGCACGGGUGAGAAGCGCUUGUCCUUCGAGGUCUUGCCGCCCGAUGCUCGCCAGCGACACUUCUACUUCCAUGCAGAAUCGGAGCUCGACAAAAAGAAGUGGUUGGCGGCCCUGGAGUACUCGAUCGACCGGUGGAUCCGCGUGGGCUGACGGCGGUGCCACGCGUGCCGGCGGCGCGCCCGCUCCCGCUCACGCUCGCGGCUGCUGUCCGAGGCGGCGCUCGCGGACGCAGAGGCAGACGCAGAGGCCGAG